GCACCGCUAUGUGGAUCUGAUUGAAGAUCAGAUCAUUAACGCUUAUGUGCGCUCGUUAAUGAAACAGCAGAAAAUAUAACUGAUACGUACCCAAAGACAAUCACACGAUGGUAGAAGCAACGACCGAACAUGGUAUAACAUUAUCCAUGAACGCUACUUUGAAUGGGUCGUAUAUUUAUACUGAUGAACUAUAUCCAGGGGAAACACAUACCGAAGAUAAGGGUGGCCGUUUUUCGGACAUUUACAAUACUGGAUUAUACAGCCAAGAAAUACAUGAAUCCUUUUUGAGUAAUCUUGACCGACAUUCAGCAACGUUCUCCGGCGUUCUUGCAAUCUGGACAUGUGCUAUAAAUGCAUUUAUAAUAGUCCUAUGUUCGAUGGGCUCGCCGACAAAACAGGAUGCCAUUUAUGUUCAAAUAAUCAACUUUUGCGUUUCAAACAUUCUCACUGGUAUUUUCAUACUUCCGCUUACGGUUUAUCAGAUCUUACAUGUUUGGGAACUAGGAAAAAUUAUAUGUAGAAUGUUCAUAGUCUCUGACAUUGUACUACCGUUUGUUUCAACAAUUAUUAUAAUCAACAUAACUUUUGAUAGACUGUUGGAUAUAACUCACCCUGUACUGCAUGCGUGGCUGUUCCAAAAGUCACUUUUGAAGGUGAUCGUUUUGACACCCUGGAUAGUAGCAGUUUUAACAGUAAUCCCAGUUUGGACAUCUGGACUCAUGCCACAUGGGCAAGUUGAAUACGGAUGCUAUAUUUUGAUGUCAGAAGAGAGUGGAAUUUUGUGCACAGUACUGACCUAUUUUAUUCCGCUAAUAGUUAUCGUGAUUCUGACAUUCAAACUGAUAUUGUCAAAACUUCAACGAAGAGACGUAACUAACUGUACAACAAACACCAAUAGAAACACGUGUGAUAACAAUCUAAUAGAUAUCGCCGAGGCUACUUCUACAACAAAAACAAACCCUGAGCAUGACCCAAACACCGACAAUUCUCACCUAAGUACGAGUCAUGCUGAUGCGGGCUCGAAACGUGCAACGGCCGGUAACAAACCUGUAGAUAUUGUAACUGUGUGUUCGGUAAAUAUUGUUUACGCCACCAUGUGGUUUCCUUUCCAGUGUGUAAGCCUUGUUUACACCCUGUGUGAGUCGCGUUAUUGCUCUCUGUCGCCGGAGCUUACUCAGGUUGUGACACUCUUGGCCGCAGCCAGUGCAGGGGUGGUGCCCCUUAUAUGGCUUCGCGACCAGACUCUGAAGGGCAAUAUAAAACGCAUCCGUGGCAAACAAAGGACCACGAAGCUUCAAGAUAGCGUUGCUAGUGAGGAGACAUUUGUUUAAAAGACAGAUACAACCGUAUAAUGCAAUGUAAAAUGUAUUAUGUGCAAACCGGCAUUCGAAAAAACUUUAUUUAGAAUCAUGCCUUUGUAUGAGAAGAACAAUUCGUCGUUUGAAGCAAAAAAUGGCGGAAAACUUCAAAAACUUAGCGAAAUCUA